GUCUUAACCACACACAAAGCUUUUCAUUGUUCACCUCUUCCUCCAUCUCCACAAUCUUUAUCACACGGUUUUUUUAAAGAAGAUGAAUAUCUUUGACAACUCUGACCUUGAAUACCUCGUUGAUGACUUUCACGGCUUCUCUGAUUCCGAAGACGAUGAAACCUUUGGAGAGUUUGAUCACAAGAGUGAAGCUGAGUCUGAUUUCGAGGAUGAUCUUGACCCGACUCAGGAGAGUGAGUCAAAGACUGAUACGUCAGCGUUAGAAGCUAGGAACGGGAAAGACAUCCAAGGCAUCCCUUGGGAGAAGCUUAAUUACAGUAGAGAUCAAUACCGUCACAAGAGAUUGCAACAGUAUAAGAACUUUGAGAGUCUCUUUAGGUCCAGAGAAGAUCUUCACAAGGAAUGCUUGCAAGUAGAGAAAGGGAAGCAGUUUUAUGACUUUCAGUUCAACACGAGGCUUGUCAAGUCCACUAUUGCACAUUUUCAGCUGAGAAACUUGCUGUGGGCGACAUCAAAGCACGAUGUGUAUUUCAUGAAAAACUACUCCCUCAUGCACUGGUCAUCUUUGCUUCAAAGAAGCAAAGAAGUACUUAACGUAGCAAAGCCUAUUGUUCCUACGAUGAAGCAGCAAGGAAUGUUGUCGCAGUCUAUAUCAAGAGUCCAGAUAAGCACCAUGGCGGUGAAAGACGAUUUGAUAGUUGCGGGAGGGUUCCAAGGGGAACUUAUCUGUAAGAGAAUCAACGAGCCUGGAGUUGCAUUCUGUACUGUUCUAACAUCAGUUGAAAACGACAUCACAAACUCUGUUGAUAUAUACAACGCACCAAGUGGCUCAUUAAGGGUAAUAACAGCGAACAAUGACUGCACCGUCCGUGUACUCGACGCUACAAACUUCACCUUCCUCAACAGUUUCGCAUUUGACUGGUCGGUAAAUAACGUCACGGUGAGUCCAGACGGGAAGCUAGUAGCUGUCUUAGGAGACAGUCCCGAGUGUUUACUAGCCGAUGCUGGAUCAGGUAAAGUCAUACACACUCUCCAAGGCCAUCUUGACUACUCGUUUUCAUCAGCAUGGCAUCCAAACGGUCAGAUCCUAGCCACGGGGAACCAAGACACAACAUGCAGACUAUGGGACGUUAGGAACCUGUCUAAGUCGCUUAAAGUGUUGAAAGGAAACAUGGGAGCUAUUAGAGCGUUGAGGUUUACUUGUGAUGGACGGUUCUUAGCCAUGGCUGAGCCAGCUGAUUUUGUACACGUGUUUGACACGGAAGCUGGUUAUAGUCAGUGUCAGGAGAUUGAUAUGUUUGGUGAGAUAGCUGGAAUCUCGUUUAGUCCUGACACGGAGGCCUUGUUUGUUGGAGUGGCUGAUCGUACGUAUGGUAGCUUGUUGGAGUUUAGUAGGAAGCGAAACCACUUGUAUUUGGAUUCCAUUUUCUGAUCUGGCUCUAGUGAUAUAACAUGCUAUACAUCCUUUGGAGCUAUAUAUGUGUGAUGUUAUGUUAUGGUGUUUGGAGGGGUUAUAAGUCGUUUGUUUUUGUUGGCUUUUGUACCUUUGUUACAACUUUAUGUAAGUUUGGAGAUGAUUAGUUCUAUGCAAAUGAAAGGUUAUUGCAAUUUUAUUGUUUCGGGUGUAUUGGGAAAUGGGUUGGUUAAUUGUAUUUUGAUUUUGCGGUUUGGUUAAGUUACUUUUCAAGGCCUGUAAUAUUAGGCUUUAGACCAGUAGCCCAUCA